UUCCGUUUGCAGACACCAUUUAGCGGGUCACUGGAGCGUGCCCUUUGCUCGAAUAGCAUCGUCGAGAAUAUUUCCACUUUUGUCAGUAACUCUAGAACGCGUGGCAAGUUUUAAUUGAAGUCACGGCCGUUAAAAGUUCUCUUCGAAAAUGGGUGACCACACGCAGCAUCAAACUACACAGAAUGGUCAAAAUUCUCGUCCGACCGAAUCACACGACGACAGAGCCUUCGAUACCAUGCUACGGCUGCUGAUAAUGAUGGAAGGAGAGUUACAGACGAAGGAAGCAAUCAUAGAGAUUUUAAUGGAAGGACGGAGCAAAGACGAAGCUCUUUUGAACAAACUGAACAAAGUCCUUGGUGUUGAGGAAACCGAUCCGUUUUCAGCACUGAAGCGAGACGGCGUCUACAGCCAUCAUAAAUGGACGGAGCUAUUUAUGAAAGAGAACGAACGUGAUCGCGCGGUUCUCGCGGAUUCCUCGCGUUAUCUUUCUGCGUGCUCGUCUUUGCGUGCCAUCAGUGUGGCAAGGUUGCAAAAUCAGCGUUACAGCGAGGCGUAUGAUAUGCUUCAAAAGACGGUCAGAAGUUAUAGAAAGCUCAAGGUAAAAUACACAAAGGAAAGACGGAAACCUGUCGAAGAAAUCUCGCCAACCAGCCCCGUGCCACUCCCUGUUUCACUCCCCCCGGUUUCUACGAAUAACGACACGGACUCUGCGGUAAAUGGACAUCGAGAGAGCGCGCAUGUGGAGCGCGAACAGGAGCGAUGCAGGGGCCUGGAGGAGAAAGUUGAAGAACUGACUAAAAAGAUGGCGGAAGAGGAAAGGCAGAGAAUGAGUAUUGAACGGAAGAUGAGAGACGAGAUUCGCAGGUUGCAUCGAGAGUUGAAAGCAGAACGGGAUUUAAACAAACGAGGCCAUUGCCGAUUGUUCAUCAGUACGCGGCGACCUGAUCAGCCAGCGGAUAAACCAAGAUUGAUGGCUGAUUUUACGCAGGAAAAUGAUCCAGUUUAGGACUGGAAGUCUGGAACGGACAGGAAAGCUUUGUAUGAGUUUGAAACCAUUAUUUCUCGAUGUUCGAGGACUCGCAGAUAAACUAUAAACUUUCUCGUCUGUUUCUGGAGAUAAUUUCCCUCUUGGCAACGAGCAUCAAUAUGGACAUUCCAGAUUUUUAAAGAGCCUUCAUCUCUCAAAAUAAUUCGUAACCGUGCGCAUUCAUAUAUUACUGUACCCGACCUUACACAAGUACACGCUAAAUCAUUGGUAACGGUCGAAAUAAAUGCGAGCAAGGCGCUUUUCGGCUACCCGCGCGUCGCGGGAAGUCAGGAACUUGCAAAAAAUUUAACGCGAGUGUAGUCGGUGUUUCAUUACUCAACAAAGGUGAAAAAUGAUGACCGAAAAAAGGCGGAACAGCUAGAUAUGAAAUCAUGCACCAGUUAGUCAUGUAGAACACUUGCAAUAAACAGUUUUAAACUUGUGGAAGCAAAGAUCCGUCCCAGGAUUCUUAAUUAAGAGGAGGGGGUGAAUUUACAUACAUUUAUCUUAUUUCCGACUGAUUUGUUUUGAAAGCGAUUUUUAUAUUAUACGAGCAAGAAUAUGUGAAAAGCAACUCCCAAUUGCGCGUCUAUAAAACUGUCCUGUGGAAACCAUUUUUUUAUGAUACGAAUUGGUCAAAAUUAGCCAUAAUGUGUGUCAACUAAUGCCGUCUUUUGUGUCAGCUAAUGCUGUCUUUAGGUUUUUUACAUUUUGAUACAAAGAUCACUUGCAAUGUAAUUGCACGAAGCAAAACAUUUUAUGGACAAAUUAUAUUUGCACACCAAUCAACCGUUAAAUUACACUAGAUUAAUACUAAUCACCUCCCACCAAAGUACAUAAUUAUG